AUGAAGAUAAAAUUCGCUUCCAAGUGCUUCAUCCUUAUACAACUUCUGUUGUUUUCUAUACGAUGUAUAUCGAAAACAGAAACAACAGUAGAACUCAGUUGGCCAGUAAGUUCGUCCGUUGUCAAACUACUUGGCUUUUUUCCUCGACAAGCAGAUGAAGAAUCCAAAAAUGAUAUGUGGACCAUUCAUUGUCGUUCAAUGUUUAGAGCAGCUAUUGUAUUGUCUCAACAAUACAAUAUAACAUUUCAAGGACAAUUUCUUACCUAUGAAGAAAUAAUAACAGAUGAUGAUAUUAUGGUUACAGUUGAUCAGACAUGUCAAAAAGUAUUAGCAUCUAACAUAGUUGGAUUCAUUGGUCCAGCAUAUUCAAGUGAAGCACGAUAUCUUGCAUCAUUUGCAUAUCGAUUAGGAAUACUAAGUGUCUCAUAUUCAGCCACAAGUCCUGAUUUAUCAACCAUUGACAAUGGAGCAUUUUAUCGUGUAGUUCCAUCAGAUGAAAAUACUGCGUUAAGUCUAACAAUAUUAUUUAAACAAUACAAAUGGAAAUCAUGUAUAAUUAUAUAUGAAAAUGAUGAAUAUGGUUAUAAUGGCAUGAAAUUAUUGAGUCAAGAGUUUAGUGCAAUGAAUAUUAAAACUUUAGAGAAAAUCAAAUUUGACAUCAAACAACAAAAUUUUGAAAUUGAUUUUAAAAAGACAUUACUUGAUAGUUCAUCACGUAUUGUAAUUGUAUGGGCUAAUGAAAAGUCAACAAUAACAAUAUUGGAAAAAGCAAUUGAAGAAAAUUUAAUAGGUCCAUAUUUUGUUUGGAUAUUAACAACAACAAUAGCAUUGGAUUAUUUCAAUCAAAGACAAAAGGAAGAACUAAUUGGAAUUCUUACUAUUGAACCAGUUAAAGGAGAUUUUGUUGAUGUAUUAAUAAAUGAAAAAUUGUUAAAUCAGGCAUAUCAAAUAUGGAAAGAUUAUGAACUAGAUACAUUUCCUGGUGAGAACAAUGUGAGUAGUUAUGGAUUAUUUACGUUUGAUGCAACAUGGUCAUUAAUAUUAUCGUUACAACAGCUUUGUUCAAUGCAAUCAUUAUGUUUAGAAUUUACAAAUGUUUCGAAUUGUUAUAAUCGUCAAUUUUUUAAUUCAAAACAGUAUUAUAAUAUUAUGAGAACCAUGAAAUUUUUAGGUGUAUCUGGUCAAGUGACAUUUUCUAAUGAAACGACAGAUCGUGUUGCUGAUGUAUAUUAUAUUAUUAAAAAUAUACAACCUUUAAAUAUAGAACAAAAGAAUAUUGAUUAUUUACCUGUAUUAAAAUGGCACAUUGGUUCAACGAAUUGGACAUAUUAUAAAGAUAAAUCUGAUGAUAUUAUAUGGCCAAAUCUAUCAAAAAAUAUUCCAGUAGAUCACAAAUUAAUCCAAGAUCGAAUGAGUUUUCGUCCUGUUAUUAUAAUUGCUAAACCAACUAUACAAUACAAUGAAUUAGUUGAUGGAGUAGCAAAUCGUUUAUUUGAUACUGUCAUGACUACUAUAGCUAUAAAUGCAAAACGAAGUAAAAUAGUUGAUUUUUCUGCAGCUAUUUUUCCUCGUUCUUAUAGAAUUGUUACAAGAAAACCAAAAUCUAGUCAAUUAAAUUUUCUUUUUUUCUUAAAACCAUUUUCAUGGACACUCUGGCUACUUAUAUUGGGUACAGUAUUUUAUGCUAGUAUAUUAAUAUGGUUUUUUCAGCCAAAAAACGCUGACACGCAGGGUAAUGAUAAAGAAUAUUUAACAAUAGAACAAAGUAUUAGUUAUACAAUCUGUAUUAUACUUGGUAAAGGUCCUUUUUUCAAUGUAUCCACACGUGCUGGACGAUUUCUUACAUAUGGUUUACAUGCUUUACAAAUAAUAUUACUAGCAAUAUAUACAGCUAGUUUACUCGCAUCUAUAAUAAUUGAAAACUUUAAACCUACUAUAUCAGGAAUAGAUGAUAUAAGAAAUGGUAAAAUAUUACCAAAUCGAAUAGGAAUUCUGGUUGGUUCGCAAGCAGAGGAGUAUUAUUUAAAUUCUAUAUCACAAGAUAAAAAAGAUUAUUAUCCAUUAAAGACAGCGAAUGAAGUUUAUACAAGUUUAAUCGACGGUGAUAUUGAUGUUGCUAUAUGGAGUAAUGGAUCGACUGAAUAUCAUGUAAACAAUAUAUAUUGUGAUUUAAUGACUGUGGGUGUUGAAUUUGCUCAUGGCUCAUAUCAAAUACCAGUAAGACAAGAUUGGGUAUAUAAAACAGAUUUAGAUUUUAAUAUAUUGUCGUUAAUUGAAUCAGAAGAACUUGAUCGAAUAUCAGCAAAAUGGUUUGGACAACGUACCUGUAGUAAAACAAAUUUAUUUGAACCAAAGAUAAUUACAGUACAAAUAAUGGGCGGAUUAUUUAUUACAUUUCUUAUUAUCAGUAUUAUAUCCAUUUUAAUACAUUUUUGGUCAGGAACGGGUUGGUUAAAAAGAAUCAUAACCGAUAUCAUACACCGAAGAGAUGACAUAAAUAGAGAAGUGAUUGCAGAUAAUAUUGAAAUCGAAAACUAGGACAACGCAUUGCGAAAGAUGCUUAUUAAAUCUUAUCAAUUGCUAGUGAUUUAAAGAAUCGUCAAAAAGAAAUAUGCAUAUCAUACCUAUAUCUUUGUUAGCAUACUUCAAAGAGAAAACCAAUAAAAAGGAGAAAAAGAGAAGAGAAAAGCUAUCACAGUUAUUUAACUAUUAUCUUGAUGAGAUCCGAGUGAGGGUAUGAUUUUUAAAUAAACUCAACAAAUUUAAUAACAAUCAGAUAUAUAUUAAUAAGUAUGUCCUGUCGAAAGUAAUCCAUUUUAGUUUCUUCAAAAUUUGCUCAUGGCUCAUAUCAAAUACCAGUAAGACGAGAUUGGGUAUAUAAAGAAGAUUUAGAUUUUAA